GUAGCGCCAGAGACCCGGGCCGUCAUCGACUGGAUGCAGCACAUCCCGUUCGUCCUGAGUGCUAACCUCCACGGGGGGGAGCUGGUGGUCACGUAUCCUUACGACAUGACUAUAGACUGGGCUCCAAGAGAGCACACGCCCACCGCCGACGAGAGCUUCUUCCGCUGGCUGGCCACCGCGUACGCCAGCACCAACAGGGUGAUGUCCAACCCGGACCGGAGGCCCUGCCACAACAAGGACUUUAGGAGAAACAACAACAUCAUCAACGGAGCCGACUGGCACAACGUACCAGGAAGUAUGAAUGACUUCAGCUACCUGCACACAAACUGUUUUGCCGUGACGGUGGAGCUUUCCUGCGACAAGUUCCCUCACGUCAGCGAGCUGCCGGUGGAGUGGAUCAACAACAAGGAGUCCCUGCUGGUCUUCAUGGAGCAGGUCCAUCGGGGGAUUAAAGGAGUCGUUCGGGACAGAGAGACGGAGGAGGGAAUAGCAGACGCCAUCAUUAAAGUGGAUGAUAUCGAUCAUCACAUUAGAUCAGUUUCAGACGGUGACUUCUGGCGUCUUCUGAACCCUGGAGACUACAGAGUGACGGUCAGCGCUGAGGGAUACCUCUCCUCCUCCAGGAGCUGCCAGGUGUCGUACGACUUCUACCCCACAAUCUGUGACUUCAACCUCUCGAAGGUCCCCCCCACGCAGAGGCUCAGAGACAGACCUGCUGUGGACCUGCAGCUCCGCCUGAGAGAGCUGCGCUGAAGAAGCUCAGAGCCAACCACCAAGGCUCUCAACCAGAGGAGAACCGAGAACCAGAGGAGAACCAUCAACAAGAGGAGAACCAAGGCCAUCAACUACGAAGAGAACCAUCAACCAGAGGAGAACCAUCGACAAGAGGAGAACCAAGGCCAUCAACUAGAGGAGAACCAUCAACCAGAGGAGAACCAUCAACAAGAGGAGAACCAAGGCCAUCAACUAGAGGAGAACCAUCAACCAGAGGAGAACCGAGAACCAGAGGAGAACCAUCGACAAGAGGAGAACCAAGGCCAUCAACUAGAGGAGAACCGAGAACCAGAGGAGAACCAAGGCUCUCAACCA